AUGGAGGCGCUGCGGGCGGCGGGACGGGCGGUGCUCAGGAGCCCCAGCCUGGCUCGGCACCGCCUGGGCGUCUCCCGCCUUCGUCGGCACCGGCACCAACUCCCAGAGACCUGGGCUGACAUGCGCGAGCCCCUUUUGGAAGGCAUGGGUUUUGCCCUCAAGUACCUGGGCAUGACACUGGUGGAGAAGCCUAAAGGGGAAGACAUGGCGACUGCAGCUAUCCACCGGAUUAUUGCCAUGGCUCGAGUGGGACCCAAGAAAUUCCAGAAGGUGAUUCUGACUGUCUCGCCUCGGGGCCUUUCGCUGCAGGAUGCUGAGACCAAAGAGACCAUUGAAAAUGUGUCCAUCUACAGGAUUUCCUAUUGUACCACAGACAAGCUGCAGAACAAAGUUUUUGCCUACGUGGCACAGAACCCGCAGAAUGGGGCACUCGAGUGCCAUGCUUUUCUGUCACCCAAGAAGAAAAUCGCCCAAGCCGUGACACUGACUGUGGCACAGGCCUUCCAGGUAGCCCUGGAUCUUUGGGAGGCUGCACAGUCAGGCUCCAGGCAGGAACUCCCACUGACUACGCUGUGCCCCAUGGAAAGCACUGGCAGGUCACCUGUGGGCAGCCCCCCCUUUAAGACAAACUUUGAGGAGGACGAGGAGGAGGAAGAGGAGGAGGAAGAAGAAGGAGAUCUCCCUGAAUCCUUUUCUGGCUGCAUGGAGGAAGGCGGCCGUUCCACAACAGAUGUGGGGCAUCCUUUUGGGAGCCCCCCAGUCACACAGUUCCAGUUGGAGGCAACUGAGGGAAGCGGGCACCCCAACAGCCAUCUGUCUCAAGGGACGCUGUUCUAAGUUCGGCUCGGACUCUGCUAUCCUUGCCAUCUCCAGCACCACUCGUAUGUAGCACACGAAGGACCAGCCAAUCUUCCUCAGUCCUCCAGGUGCAGCUCCCUGAUGGGUUGGCAUUGGCUUACUUUCCCUAAGCCUCAGGCCAGGACGUGUCAGUAGCCUUCAGGUCACCCGCAGAGGUUCUGUGGCUUGGCCUGAAUCACCUGAAGUGGGACUGCACCAAGCUUUGCCUGCGGCAAAAGGUGUUCCAGGAUUCCUCUGGGAGUAUCCGAUAAUGGUGCUGGGUCUUAUUCGAAGGCCCCCCAUCCGUGCAGGCCAAGGGGUGCAUCCUGACUCUAGCGAGGCAUGCUGCCCUGCAGGGAGAUCAGUCCUGAUCCCCUUUCCCCUGCUUUCUGGAGGGAGCUGUAUAUCGUGGGGUACAGAGGAAGUCUGGCCUCUGCCGCUUGCUUUUCACAUGGU